AUGGCUAUCUUGACAGAAAGGAACAAUGAAUACGAAGUCAAGGUCAUCAAUACUGCAACAGGAGAACCAUUCAGAGAAUAUGUUAAACUUGGAGAUCGCGAAAAUCAUGGAGAUUCAAAGUGCGAGUGAUACAUCGUCGCCCUGCCUGGAGCAAAGUUCAAAAUUCAAGUGACUUUAAUGGCUGGAUUCUGUUUCAAGCCCUUUGAUGACACAGAAGCACACCUCUACUUUGGAGAGUCGGAUACUUCCUGCGCGGCACAUGUUUUCCAUGACAGCGAUCCAGGAUAUGCUAGCACUAAAAAGGAUUACAAUGCAUUAAUUAACUGCAUCAAUUUGGCGAGGUACGGUGAAAGCCUUGUUGGUGCACCAUUUGUCUUUUCUUCUCUCGAUGUCGAUGAAGAUCUUUCGAAUGAGACCGAUGUAAUUGGGGUCGACCCAAGCCAUAUUAGCCAUUUCUCUGUCACAAUCUUCCGUCAGAAAGUGGAGGAACUAGGAGCCGAAGUCCCAUCGAUGCCCUCGAUCAAUUUAUGGAAUGCGAAGAAAGUAGACCAGCUAAACUUAAAAAAACAUGGGAUUACUAGCUCUGUUACGUAAGAGUCCGCUACAUUGACUACAACUCUUUAUCUGACGUUUGAAGAUUGGGUCAAAAUAGAUUCCAACAGUGGGAUUGUCUGUCAAAAAUCAUGUCUGUAGUAAAUCAACAAUUCUCGAGUUCAAGUUCAAAUACCGUACCUUUGGUAAGUUCUUUUGAUUCUCUAUUUUACUAGCCACGGCUCUAACGAGACUAUUAGAAUUUCUUGACCAUCUAGACAUCGUCCCGUAUCCUCCACCACUUUACUAUAACCCCUGGAAGUCCCUCUCACCUAUGGAGCGUCAGUGGGCCCUGAAAGAGCUACAAAGUCUCAGCAAACUCCAAGCCCAACCAGUCGUAAAAAAUAUCCUAUCCGGUGCCCGGCAACCUAGAGAGUGGCGCUCUUGGAAAGAUAUGCAACCAUCAGAGAGAAUGGUUGCGUUUUGAAAGCUGCAGGUACGUCCUUUCCAUGGUCCUAUAAACAUUCGUCUUUAAUAACUUGACCAUCAGAAAGAACAUAAGGCUUUUGAAAGAGGAGAGGCAAAGCAGCAGCUUUCUGACAUACCUGCUAACAAAAUCAUCGUCCUCGAUGAUGAUGGCACGGUACAGAGCUUGGUAAGAGCCCGAUCACUUCCUUCGGUCAAAGGCAAAACACGGAUACUACAAGAAGCAGUAAAACAGGAAUUAAUCGACCUGAGUGACGGAGAGCAAGCUCUACAUCGUUCUCGUAUGACAAUGAAGCGGGGUUUAAAGGAAGAACCAAUCGAGAUUGACGAUUUUCCAUUCGCCUCCACGAUUCGAAGACCUUCAGCUAAGAAACUUAGGAUUCAGCAAGAAACUACUGAAGUCGACGCAAUCAAGCACACUAAAAUCAAACAAGAAGUCACAGAUGUUGAUGCGAUUGCUGACAACACCAUUGUUCUGGAGAAGGAGUCUACGAUCAAAUAUGAUCCAACAGAGAUCGAUGAUGAUGUUAUACUCACAGCGCCAUUUCCAAUUCCAGCUGUCAAGGACGAAGGUUCCGAUGAUAUAAAUACUAUGAAGGAAGUUCUACCGUUUGUCGAUGAGGCAGACAGGGAGGGGUUUGAUUUUUACACUUGA